UGGAGGCACCAGGAGGCUCAGAGGGGUUUUGUGUGUGUGCCUCACCACUCGUGAUGCCAUGCAGGGCAGCACAGGAGGAACCUGCAGGGAUAACAGCAGAUGUUGAAAAACUAAACACGAACGCCAGAAAUGCUUCAGCUCAAGAAGCCUUCAAGAAAGAAGUAUCUUUUUCGCUUAUGUACACAUCAUUUUUGAAAGGAGACAAGGCUGACAAAAUAAAGGAGGCAAAUAAAAACUUUGCUAAAGAGCACCCUGAUUACAUGCAGCACAAAUUCACAGAUCAGAAGGCACCUUUCAGUCCUACCAUGGAAGAAGAAACAAAACAAUCUGGGGACAGAACUGGUGAGAAAUAUUGCCAUGGAUUUUAUAAGAAGCACCAGAAUAAAUGUGAGUAGAAAAACCUC